AUGAGUUUACAAGCAACUAUGCAAGUAUCGAUUCAUUCCAUGAAUCGAUCAUCCUUGGAGAAGCGAUACAUGUACGAAACUCUGCGGUGCACUGCAACCAGGGUGCACAACCUCAUGCGAGCAAUCGAGCUGCACAGGAAUCGAUAUCAUGCGAACAACCCCGAUCGCAAUCGCCAUCAGACGAUGGCCCGCAGUCUCGUCUCUCGGAUCCCAACAAUAGAUCCUUAUGACGCAACCCUCGACGCGCCCCUUUCCACCAAUAACAUCGGCGGUAUCAAAACCACACCCUCAACAAAAAGCCAGCAAUACGUACUCGCAGCGGUCCCAUAG